UCUCUUUUUUUUUUUUGUCUGUUUUCUUUCCUGGGCGGAAAUUAGUGUUAUUUGCUUGGCUUAGUUUUCGGUUUUCUCAAUACUUUCAUUGUUCAUUUGAAUGGGAUCAAAAGAGGGCCGCCAAUAGUUGGUUAUUUGGCCAUUAUGGUUUUAUCCAUUCGAGUAAUAUGCAAUUAUGAUUUACUAUAACAAUAACAUCCAACGGAAUCGCAUUACUUCCUAAGAUCCGGUCCUAAGUUUGCUUGGGUUUUUCGUUGAAGAAUCGCUUCUGUGGUUAAACGAUUUUAUAUACCUUUUCAGCUGAUCACAAUGCCAGGCCAGGGUUUGAAACUGGGACUAGUCUUAUGUCUGCUAAUGCAAAUUCAGGCAUUGCCGACAAUUCAGCAAAAGAAUCGAGUAAACUAUGUACAACAAUUGGACAAGAGUUUCUUUCAACCGCCAGAGAUUGAGCAGACCAUUGAUGAGGUGCAAAAGAUUCUGGCCAAUGAUCCAGCAUUGCCGAGACUAACGCGCGGAGAAAUUGAGGAGCUCUAUGAGAAGGUUACCCGCGAGGAAUAUGAGAAAAGCAUUGAGGCCGGCGAUAUGAGUCGAGCCGAUAGCAUGAGAGCUUUGAUGUUGGUUUUACCCUUCAACACGGACAAUAAUACGGAAGAGAAUUUGCAAGAGCUGUAUACACGGCAGCCUGUUACUAGGGUCAUCGAUGCCUAUACCCCACCCGAUCCGAUUAAGUUCUUAACUCCCGAUCCCAAUGCCGUGCCCCGAAGUACUGUGCCCGGUGGAAAUCCAGCUGUUAAAGCUACCACAUACAAGCCAGCAUACGCUGGAGCCGUUGCAGCGGCUGCCACGACAUAUCAUCCGCCGGCCCCAGCUCCAGUGAUGUAUCAAAUGGCACCAUCGUUGGGUAAGCCCUCUAUGGACUUUCAGCCGGUGACCAAAUUGCCGCAGGCCUAUGAUUACGCCAAGGGUCCAUCUCAACGUUUUAGCUCCCAUUAUAGCGCCAAGAAUGCACAGUUCUUGCGGAAACCAAAGCCCCAAGCAGUUGGACAAAGUCCUAUUCAGACCACGUCAACGUCCAGCACCGUAAAACCAGUUGCAGACAUCUUAGAGAGCCUGGGCAUUGUGGGAGGAGGUGGAGGAGCAGGCAAAGGUAAUUCAAAUGGCAAUGGCAAUAAGCGUUAUGCCUUGGAUGAUUACUAUCCCGCAGAGAGUGCUCCUCAGCCAGUGAUAGCAAUGGCCGAUCUUCGAGGCCUGCAGGGAGCUCGCAUACGGCCCGAUGCCUACUCCAAUUUCAAGCCCCUGAACAUUGGCGAGGAGCUGAGAGUUAAGCCUGAAGUGGAGGGUUAUCUGACACGAUUCGGUAUAGUGAAAAAGGCACCAAAAGCUUUAAAAAAGUCCAAAGAAGCCAAUCAGGAACCAACUGGAGAGCAUACUGAGCUUUCGACGGCUACAGCUAAGUUGCCGCCUCAAACAAAUUCGGAAUUGGCCAAAUUGUUGGAGAAUUUGCAAGAAUUGGAGCGACUUAAUACGAGGGCAACUACAAAAACUCCUGCUAAACCGGUUCCAACAACAACAACCACAACCACAACAUCAACGACAACAACCACAACUCGAGCCCCACCCACAUCUCCGCAACCCACAGCUCAGUUGAUAACCCAUGGUGAACCCUUGCUAAUUGAGGCCAAAAAGCCACGAAGGCGCAUCGAUCCCAAUAUAGAUAUCAAUUUUGCCAACAAGGGAAAUCAACAGACACCAAAUAGUCCAACCGAUGAAUUGUCCAAGCUACUGGAGAAUCUCCAGGAACUAGAAAAGUUACGAAUUAAUCCAGAGAAUGUGUUAAAGAAGGUUGGCCCAAGUAUCGCAACCACACGUGCCACCACCACCACCACCAGCACCACCACUACCACCACGCCAAAGCCAACAGUCAACCAAUUAAACGAGGCUAGAGAAUUGGAGCUUAUUUUGCGGCAAUUGCAACAGCACAGUUUGGCAAGCACUACUAUAAGACCUGUAGUACCCAAGAACUUGGAUGGACGUUUGGGCCCAGCUCGAGCUAAUACCCUAGGACCCGGUGAUUUGGUACAAUUGCAGCGGCUCUUAAGCGAUGAUCGAGAGCUGGAACGACUGUAUGAGCAAGCUAGAAACAGCAAGAAGAAGGCAUCAACCACCAGUACAACCACGACGACAUCAACGACGACCAGCACGACCACCCCGCGUCCUACACCUACAAGGACAACACUACCAUCAUUGCCGUCUGUAGAUCAUGCUCAAUUCGAGGCCUUGAUCACUAGGGUCCAGCAAUUGGAGCGUCUGCAGCAUCCGGCUCCAACUGUGCCCAGUUUCACCACACGCAAUGUGGUGCAAUCGGAGAGCAUAACGCGGGCCAAUCUGCCAAGCAACGAUUAUGCACAUCUUCAGGAUUUGGUUUAUGCCUCCGAUUUGCCAAAUUCAGGUCAAGUGGAAAUCUCGACGGCUGCCUCCACUGCCAAGCAGCGACCACUGAGCCAUUUUGAACGCUCGAAUGGCCUUCUUCAGGAUGUUCAACCACAAGACUAUGUCCAAUUACAGAAAUUGCUUAGUAAAGUGCAGGAACUGGAACGCGUUCAACUUCAGACGGCAAAACCCACCACAACAGCAACGCCAAGCUAUCAUCAUCAUCAACUGGUGACAGCCGCCUCGGGACGCAGUCAGAAUGUCAAGACCCUGAAUGGUGCCCACAUUGUCUAUGCUGAGACGGCACCAGAGCCGGAACGGGAACCGGAACCGGAACUGAAAUUGGAUUUGCCCGUUUAUGAAAAGCCUAAGAAGAAGCCAAAUCAAGAGCAAAGCUCUAGCGAGGAGUUACGUGAAUUGGCCAUGUCUCAACCAGCAAAUCCUGCAAGUGCUAAUCAAUUCGAUGACGCUGAAUUCGAGCAAUACCAACAAUUCUUUAGCAGCCUAGAAGAUAACCAUCAUAUGCAACCGAUUUAUAAAACUGUAACUUCGACCACCCCGACGACGACCACAACUACAGCAAAGCCAACUGUAACGGAGGUCAAGAGAACGACUCCCCCCAAUAUUGCAAUGAAAAAGGAUAAGACAGAGGAUCUGGCGGAGCUUCAGAAAUUGCUUUAUAAUACGCAGCAAUUGCAAAAGUUGGGCGUAGCCUUACCCCAUGAACUUUCGCAGCAGUUGGAAAGUCAAUUACAGGCAAGUACCACGACGUCGACGACAAGGAAAACAAGCACCACCACCACCACGGCGGCUCCGGAUACCUCAUCGCCGGCUGUAUUCUCCUUGACUACCCUAAGGCCUGCAUCGCCCCGUCCACCAAGACCAACGCCUACGACAGAGAUGAGUGCCGAGCUGCCCAUUUUUAGUGCCACCAAAAUUAUAGAGGCAGCCAUUAAGAGAGCAGCCAAUCGCAUUGGAGUGGCAACAGAGCAGCCAUUGGGAAGCCUAGGAGCAGGAUUCCGACGUCGCAGCGAUGAUGAAGAAGAUCUAGAUGCAGGAGGAGAUGAUCAGGAGGGCGUCUUGAAUGGCGAUCUGAUGGCAGAGUUUAGUGAAUUGAACUAUCAACUGGCCAAGCCAGAUCCAGAACCAGAGAAACCCCAAUUGGGACAAGAUCUGGGUGAGAUACAGCGUCUAAUAAGCAAUCUUCAAGAACUGCAGAAGCUUAAUGUAAGCCUAGACCAGGUGAAACCAAAAAAUCAAGCAACCACAGAUGCAUUGUAUUUGCAAUCCCUGGAGAAAAAUGCCAGUGAAACCUUUAAAAAUAGAAGACAGAGUGAAACCACCACCACAAGUACCACAGUGGCCAUCUCCACUGAGAAGGAGGACACCUUCUCCACCACAUCCUCACCCACCCGCCUUAGUUUAGAUUUGGGAUUGAUGGAUGAUGGUGAUUUGGCCGGAGAUUCACCGGCUUCUUCCACUACAGACUCUUCAUCGACACCAUCCCCGCCGAGUUCCUCAUCCACCGAAGAGUCCCGCAACGGUUCGCUAGAUGACCUGGCUGAUUCUUUUGGUCCUGAUCCGAUCACCGAGGAGCCUUUACCACCAAAGAAAAAGAACGGUUUCUACUUCCUAGCGGACUGGAAUUCAUUUUUAGAAGUUGGCGAUGGUGAUGACCAAGUCGUGGUACGCCUUAGUCCCAAAAUUGGAGAUCCACGGCUAUUUUUGCCCGUUAAAAUACCCUCGUAGUGGCAUUACAUAAUACCUAUAUACCUAUAGCUAAAAAUAAUUGUGUAUGUACAUAUUUCUCUCUUUACACUCUCUUUGUAUUUAUUGUAGUCACUGGUUACUUUUUUUUUACUUACUCAUAAGUUUGGGCCUAAGCUGUAAGAGUCAAUUCAUACAUACAUAUAUCUAGUAGUACGUAUACGUAUUUAAGGAAGAUGAAUAAAAACACGUUUAAAAUCA